UCGGAGGGGUUUUGGAAAGACAGACACCCCAAAGUUCGCCGGGGAUUAGCCCUUAAAAUUUUACCCAACGAUAAAUAACAGUUGUCGGUGCUUUCGCUUGCCUCUCGACCCAAAGGGGGAGAUGGAGUCAGGGUCAACAGCGGUAAAGAGAUACGGAGAAUUAGGGCUUGGCGAUGCCCUAGGUCGCCGUUACGAUUAUCCUUGGGCCUGCCACGAGCUCAGCUUCCUUUUGAGGAGCGCAUACCCCAAGCUUCCCAAAAAUCUCCAAGCCCUCAUCUUUCGCGAUACUCUCUCGGCCUUCCGCCUUCUCCCGGAAGUGCAGACAUCCCAUGGAAUCUCAUCAGCAAACCUCCUUGUCCAGGCAGCAGAAGCCUCGUUUCCUAAGCAGAAAAGAUCAUUGGCUGUUUCUGAGUUCAAGCAUGCUAUGGUUGCGCAUAAGAGGCGUGGUAAAGCUCGUCAAAAUGGAGGUUCAAUGCAACUUCCUCAAGAUGUUCUCGUCCAUAUCUUUGGUUUUUUGGACUUGCGAUCUUUAAUAAAUGUCAGUUCUGUGUGCUGGGCAUGGAAUUCAGCUGCAGCUGAUAACAUGCUAUGGCAGUUGCAGUAUUCCCUUCUGUUUGGCGAUUAUGAUGACAAGAGUAAAGCGCAGCUGCAGAAUAUAUCUCGAGGAAAGAAAGUAGUUCCGCAUCCAGUUGUGCAGGGUGAAGAUGUGAUGGGCAAUACCGACUGGAGGGAGGCUUUUAAAAGAAAGUAUAUAGGUAAUGUUACCUGGAAGUCUGCAACAUACAGAGCUAUAUGCGGCCAUUGUAAAUCCAUUAUUUGGCUCAGUGAUGUGACAAUUGCAUCCUCACACCAUUGCUAUAAGCUUGUGAACCAGAUAUCUACAAUAAAACCAGCUACACCAUAUAAGGUAUGAUCUUCAAGUCCAAACUCAUGUCUGUAAUCUCAUUUUAUAUCUAAAGUCAUGCUCCGUCAUCGUAAAAUGUUGUCAUGCUAAUGCAUAGGGACUCUUGUUUCUCCAUACUUAUAGUUGAAGAUU